AUGGUCCAUCUCGCUGAAACGACUAACCCAUGGGGCGGUCACUCCUGGGUGACCGACAGUCCAACCGGCCUCCCCCCAACCCGGAGCGUGUGCAAUAAGCUCUUCCACUCCUCCCUCUUCGACAUCGGCAUCUUCCGCGACACCCUCCUCCCCUCCUUAACCCUGCACUCCGGCCUCGCCUUGAUCGCCUACGGCGCCGGCCGCCUCACCGACCGUCUCGAGACCAAAGACUGGCUGUGGCCGUCCGGCCAGGUCCUCAACGCGUGGUGGUCCGCCCUCGGCAAGCGGGUCAUCUGCGACGGCAUCCCGUUGAGAUGCGCGUGGGCCAUCAUCAACCGCCAGGAGCGCCUGCUGCUCACGGGCGUUACGCUCUGGGGCAGCCGGCUGUUCUGGCGCAUUGCGAACCGGUCUGUUAAGAGAGGCAGCGAUGAUCCGCGGUAUGAGGCGACCAAGAAGCAGCAUGGAUGGUCGUGGAAUAAGGCGCUGUUUACUACGUAUCUGCCCGAGGCGGUGUUCCAGAGCUUGAUCACGCUGCCGUUUACUGCGCCGUUCCGGCACUUGUCUGGGUCGGAUCAGCCGUUUGCGGCGCCGUCGGGCGGGUAUGCGGCGGUGGGACAGGCGGUAGCGGUGGGAUUGUUUAGUAUGGGAUUUGCGCUCGAGGUGCUGGCGGAUUGGCAGCUUGAGAAGUUCAAGGAGAAGGAGAAGAGCGGCGAGGAGAGCCAUUCGAGUAUGUGCCGGGAGGGAGUUUGGAGCAUUGUUAGACAUCCAAACUACCUCGGCGACAUGCUAGUCCACCUCUCCUUCCCGCUCCUCCUCUGGGCCAACAACGCCCUCCUGCCCAUCCACCUCCUCGGCCCGCUGACCAACUACAUCUUCCUCCGCUACGUGUCGGGUGACAAGGAGAACGAGCACUGCCAGGCUCGCCGCUACAGUACCGAGAACGUGAACAAGAAGAUCGACUUUGACAAGUACCGUCGCGAGGAGAACGCCUUCUGGCCUGACAAGUGCCAGGUGUCCAAUAAGUGGACCUGGAUCGUUGUGGGCGCUGGUGUGGCCGGUGCUCUGUUGGAGGGACUGGUUACGCAUGUGAUCGCGUGA